UUCUAAUGGGAGAUAUGAGGACAUCUGGGGUCCCUAAACACAGUUUGUAUUGAACUAAAAAGCCGUUACUGACCUAGAAGUGACGUGUGAAGCUCAAUUAUCACAUGUAGAACAGGAGGAUAGUUGAAGCAAACAGAACUCCUGAACACGAAGAACAAUACAUAAGGGCUGUCAUCAUGGUUAAAAAGCAACUGGUGAUCUCACGACGGGUCUACCAGCAGGAAGAUUUUGACAAGCUUUACCCGGACGAAAUCAAACAGCAGAUGACUGUCCCGGACAGGAUCCGAGCUCAGUGUUACUGUUCUAAGACCAGGCUGUGGAAGUUUUUUACCACAAUCUUGCCUAUCAUUGGCGUGGUCAGGAAGUACAGGCUGAGGGAGUACAUUGUGGGAGAUAUUCUGGCCGGACUGACUGUAGCCAUCAUGCACAUUCCCCAGGGCAUGGGCUUCGGAAUCCUGGCUUCCCUCAAACCCAUCUACGGUCUGUACACAUCCUUCUGGCCAGUGCUCUUUUACAUGAUUUUUGGGACAAGCACUCACGUUUCCUUUGGAACAAACGCCGUAAUUUGUCUUCUGGUGGCAGCAAUAACAUCACGACAAAUGGAAACUUUCCAGUUCGACCUAGCCGGUUUUAAUUCCACUCUAUCAAAUGACACCGCAGACAUAGAUAGCCUGAUGGAAGCCGCAGGUCUGGAGUAUAGGGUAAGCAUCACAGCGGCUACAGCUUUCCUUGCCGGAGUUAUUCUUUUUGGCAUGGGUAUUUUGCGCCUUGGUUUUGUCACCCUUUACCUAUCGGAUUCCUUCAUAAGCGGCUUCACGACUGGUGCUGCAGUCCACAUCACCACCAGCCAGGUGCCCAAAAUGCUGGCGUUUGGUGUGGGAAGUAUUCAAGGAGCUGGCAAGAUUGUGCGUACAUAUAUUGCUAUCUUCCGCGACAUAACGAAGACAAACGUUGCUGAUCUCCUUAUAGCUGUUAUAUCCAUAAUUGUACUAGUGCUGGUAAAAGAGUGCAUCAACGAGCGCUUCAAAUCAAAGAUGAAAAUGCCCGUGCCAAUAGAUCUAAUCGUUGUCAUUAUUGGAACUAUUAUCUCUCAUUUUGGUAGACUCAGCGAAGUCUUUGGCGUUACCAUAGUCGGCCAGAUUCCUCCUGGUAUUCCUACACCAGCGGUACCUCCUUUGGACGAGGUUGGCAAUUUUGCUGUAGAUUCCUUUGUUAUUGCCAUUCUCAUAUUUGCCAUGACGAUCGCAAUGGCUAAAUUAAUGGCCAAGAAACACUCUUAUGAGAUUGACGACAAUCAGGAGUUGAUCGCUUACGGUCUGACUAAUGUUAUCAGUAGCUUUCUCUUGUGUUUCCCGUCGUGCGUGGCUCCACCCAGAACGAUGCUACAGAGCUCUAUGGGCGCCAGAACAACACUGUGUGGUGUCUUCACGGCAGCUCUCCUGUUCCUCGUCAUCAUGGCCAUUGGGCCUCUCUUUCAAUCACUUCCAGUUUCACUGCUCGCCGCCAUGAUCGUUGUUGCUAUGAAAGGACUUUUCAUGCAAGUUUUUGAUUUAAAACUUUAUUGGAAAGUAAAUAUUUUCGACCUGGUUUCGUGGCUUGGAACCUUCUUGGCAGUUGUCCUCAUCGAUAUUGACAUCGGUCUGGUUGUAGGAGUGGGACUGUCCGCCUUCACAGUGCUUAUACAGAGCCAGUUUGCCAAAGGCUAUCUGCUGGGAAAAGCUGCGGAAGAGGAUGUCUACGCCUCGGCGGAGAAGAAAGGCAUCAACAGCGUGCCAGGUGUGAGGGUGUUCAGAUUUGAGGCGUCUCUGUACUAUGCUACCGCAGAGAUAUUUAGAUCCCGCCUGUACAAGGCCACAAUAAAUCCCAAGAAAUUCAUGAAAGCAAGGGCGAAAGCGGAGAAGUUGAGUCUAACUUCCUGCGAAUCCAGCUCAAGUGAAGGGAACGCGAAAAAUGAAAACAGCAACAAUGGUAAAGCUAAUGCGGCGCAACUAGCUUCUGACGGCAUACACCACGUGGUCAUUGACUGCCAACCAUUUAGCUACAUUGACAUCGCUGGUAUAAAGAUGUUGCGUCAGGUGAUCACCGAGAUGAAGACUGCUGACGUCACAGUGUUCCUCUACGGGUGUUCUCUCAGGAUGAUGCGGGCCCUUGAGGGAGGGUCUUUCUUUGACGCCGUUCCCAAGGAUCAUGUUUUCCUGGACGUCUAUGACGCUGUCCAGGCUGUUCGGCUGAAUGAAUCAGACGAAGAGUCCGGAGAUGACGGUGACGAAAGUCAGAAUUUCAAGGUUUAAGCUAUAGUUUUUAUACUCAUAUGCAUUUGUGUUGUUAGUUUUGUAAGCUAUUUCCCGUAGAUGCGCAGUGUAUGAAGAUCAGUACAAAUAAAACGCAUCCUGUUAUAAAGUAAUCCAUAUCACGUAUUUACAUCUCACACUCGUAUAUAAUAAUAUAGUCUGGCCUAAUGCAAACAUGUAUGAAAGCCUGUACUGUUCCAGCAUUUAAUAACUCAGUAAUUGGAUAUCUGAAGUUACGACCUAAUUAGGCCUUAUUAUUUUUUUUUCAAUAAAUAAUUAAUACUGGAAGUUUUGCCAUUCAUGUGUUUUUAUUUGUAUUUUUAAAACACCGAGUAGAAUAAUGGGGAUCAUUUAUCCCGUA